AUGCACAGUAGGAUCAUCGGACUUAAAGUCAUUGGGUCGGGACCGGCCGCCCAUACCGCGGCCAUCUAUCUUGCGAGGGCCGAGUUGAAACCCGUCCUCUAUGAGGGAUUCAUGGCCAAUAACGUAGCGGCCGGUGGACAGCUGACCACGACGACCGAUGUCGAGAACUUCCCCGGAUUCCCCCAGGGUAUUCUCGGCCAGGAGCUUAUGGAUAAAAUGAAAGAGCAAUCCGUUCGUUGUGGAACCGAAGUCAUCACGGAUACGGUUUCCACUCUCGACCUAUCCUCACGCCCUUUUAAGUACACCACCGAAUUUGGCUCCGAAUCUAACGUCCAUACCACCGACGCUGUUGUCAUUGCCACGGGCGCAUCGGCGCGCCGCCUCCACCUCCCUGGCGAGGAACAGUACUGGCAAAAGGGUGUUUCUGCAUGUGCUGUUUGUGACGGUGCCGUACCCAUAUUUCGCAACAAACCUCUUGUGGUUAUUGGUGGAGGUGAUUCAGCUGCUGAAGAAGCCUUAUUCUUGACAAAGUAUGGCAGCCAUGUUACGGUACUUGUGCGCCGUGACAAGCUAAGAGCCAGCAAGACCAUGGCCAACCGCUUGCUCUCCAACCCCAAAGUUACCGUAAAGUUUACAACUCGACCAGUUGAGAUUAGGGGAGAUGAUACCGGCUUCAUGAAUGCUCUCCUCGUCAAGAGCACGGCUACGGGCGCUGAGGAGGUUAUCGACGCGAAUGGCCUGUUCUACGCCAUCGGACACGAUCCUGCUACGAGUCUUGUCAAAGGCCAACUGGAAACGGAUGCCGAUGGCUAUAUAGUGACGAAGCCGGGCACAAGCUUAACCAAUGUCGAAGGUGUGUUCGCUGCCGGCGACGUUCAAGACAAAAAAUAUAGGCAGGCUAUCACAAGUGCUGGAUCCGGCUGCAUGGCUGCGCUCGAUGCUGAGAAGUAUCUCGCCGAGAAAUUUGGAGAAUAG